CGGCCAGUCGGGGGAUGGAGGGAGUGGGCUGUUUCUGGCCUGGUUUGCCUGGAAUUAAGUCUCUUUGUGUGCCAUUUUUUAACAGUUUUCGGCCGCUGCUCCGCCCGCGAAAGCCGAAGGGUUGUUAAGUUUUUAACACUCUCGGUGUCGGUGAAGUUUGCUCAGAAGGUCGCGUCACCUUGUUUGUGCUGCUGAAAUAAUGUGGCGGAAAUGAUAGCCGAGCCCAACGCAGCCAGUAACCUUCCCAGCCAAAAGUAAGACCUGGCACAGGUUGCCUGCACAAUCUGCUGGGAGAAUGCUGUCCAUGAUGAGACUGUGCCCGAAUCUCCUGCUCAGAAUGGCACUUGUGUGAGAAAUGGCAACCUGAAAACACCAAGAGAGAAGCGGAAGGUCCGAGAGCAGUGUGAAAACAUAAGGAGGAAUUCUCGCACUAGCAGAAGAGUGAGCCAGCUGCAGAAUGGAGAAGUGGUUGAGGCAGUUACCUUGUUUGAAGUGGUUAGCAUGGGGAAGCAGGCCAUGCAGUCUGUAGUAGUUGACUGGGUUGAAGCUUAUAAACAAGACAGGAAUGUGGCACUUCUGGAUCUCAUCAACUUCUUCAUUCAGUGCUCAGGCUGUCAAGUUGCUUUUACUAGAGAGUUGUGAAGCUGUCUGUUUCAUAACAAUCACUGAAGCACUGCCUUCUGGGGACAGUCUGCUAGUGAAAUUCUUCAGGAUGGCAAGCAUGGUAACAGCAGAGAUGUUUCAAAGUUUGUACAAGAAAGACGUCAUGCAAAAAAUGACAGAGACCUUUGAUAAGGAAACUGGGUUGCAGUAUAAGAAAUUCAUGGCCUAUCCUUGGAUCCUGACAGUUACUUGGCCAGUGGACAUGGACAAUGAAGACUACCCACUGAUCAGAACAGGACCCUAUUGGAAGAAGUUCAAGGCCAAUUUCUGUGAAUUCAUUGCAGUGCUUGUCCAGCAAUGCCAGUGCAGCAUCCUGUAUGAUAACUACUUGAUGGAUGCCAUCAUCUCACUGCUUACAGGGUUAGCAGAUUCCAUGGUCAGAGCAUUCAGGCACACAAGCACUUUGGCAGCAAUGAAACUUCUCACAGCAGUUGUAAGCGUCCAUCUGAACCUUGAUGUCAACAAGCACAACGCUCAAAAAUUGUAUGAGGUGGAGAAGAAGAGGCUAAGUGGCAAGAGGACCAGUUACAGACUUGACCAGCUAGAGAGAAAAAGGAAAGAGUAUGAGCAUAAGCUUCUAGAGAUACAGAACAUGAUGAAUGCAAUUUUCAAAGGGACGUUUCUAAACCGUUACCGUGAUGUUAUCCCUGAGAUCAGAGCAACUUGCAUUGAAGAAAUUGGCAGCUGGAUCAAAACAUACCCAGAUGCUUUUUUGAAUGAUAGCUACUUAAAAUAUGUUGGAUGGAUGCUCUACGAUAAGCAAGCCGAAGUGCGGUUGAAAUGUCUUCUGGGACUGCAGGGAAUUUAUAGCAGAAAAGAGCUUGCUUCCAGGAUGGAUCUCUUUACUAACAGGUUCAAGGAUCGAAUUGUGUCCAUGCCUCUGGACAAGGACCAUGAAGUAGCAGUUCAAGCCAUGAAACUCUUGAUGCUUAUGUCACAGAACUGUGAGGAUGUGUUAUCAGCUGAAGACUGUGAAAUGUUAUACCAGUUUGUUUAUACCACUCACCGUCCGCUUGCAGUCGCAGCUGGGGAAUUCCUUUAUAAAAGGCUGCUUAGUCAUAAGAGAGAUAGAGAAGUUCAGCCCAAAGGAGGAGGAAAGUUUGGGGCAAGCACUGACCAAUUGAGAAGAUUAAUAGACUUUUUCCUGGAGAGUGAGGUACACAAACACGUUGCAUACCUAGUAGACAGCUUGUGGGACUGGGCAGGCAAAUUUCUGAAGGAUUGGGAGUGCAUGACCACUCUUCUAUUAAAAAAUGCUGAAGAAGCUGGAGAAGCACUGAGUGAUGCCCAGGAAAGUGCUCUCAUUGAAAUCAUCCUCGCGACAGUCAGAGAAGCAGCUGAAGGUCAUCCUCCAGUGGGCAGAGGUGCAGCCAAAAAAAUUUUGUCAGUAAAAGAGAAGAAAAUCCAAUUGGAAGACUGUACCAAAAUUACUGAGCACUUUAUUAUGGUGCUUCCUCAGCUCUUGGCAAAGUAUUCAACAGAUGCACAAAAAGUGGCAAGUCUUCUGCAGAUUCCUCAGUAUUACGAUUUGGAUGUUUACAGUACGGGACACCUAGAGAAGCAUUUGGAUGCUUUGCUGAGAGAGAUAAAAGACAUUGUGGCCAAACACUCCGACAUGUCUGUCCUCGAGGCUUCCUCCAGGACUUACUAUGUCCUCUGCCGUGAAGAAAUUGCCAUCUAUAGCCAGGUGGAUUGUGCUCGAACUCAAAUGAUAGAUGAGUUGAUGAAACAGCUUAACCAGCUAAUAGAUUGCUUCUGGCAAAAGGAAGGAGGAUUUUGUACAGAUGCAGGAGAAAUUUCCCGGAUGCACUCUACUUUGAGAAGAGUAGCAGCUUUCCAUAAUGCCCAUGAUCUCACCAAGUGGAAUCUGUAUGACAAGACUUUAAGGUUCCUGGUGUUUGAAACAGAACAUGGCAGUUUGCCUGUUCCAAUUAUCCUACCAGCUCUCCAGUGCACAUAUUUUUCUCUCCUGUGGCAACUAGCUGCAGUUUCAGAAAAUUCUCCCAAGGAGACUCUUUUUCCACUAAGACGGCAGCUGAGACAUUUCAGUCAGAUUUGCACAUGCUUCCUCCACCAUAAGGAAGAAGAUGUAAGAGAAAAGGCCUUCAUGAUACUUUGUGACUGGUUGCUGAUUGUGAGUCACCUGGAUUCAAAAAAUGAAGAAGCAGUUGGACUUCUAGGUUAUCUUCCUAACACACAACUUCAGGAAAAACUGUUUUCAUUUAUCCAGGAACAUGUUUUCAUGGAUGGAGAAGAGGAAAAAAAAGAUCUGACAGAAGAGGGAAAGGAUGAAACUUGCAAACUUGAUGACUUGCACAAAAAGCGGAGUCUUCUGGCAGCAUACUGCAAGUUAAUAGUGUAUAAUGUGGUAGAGAUGACUGCAGCUGCUGAGAUCUAUAAGUAUUAUGUGAAGACCUACCGUGAUUUUGGAGACAUAAUUAAAGAAACGUUAAGCAAGAUGAGAUACAAUAACAAAAUUCAGAGUGCCAAGACACUGAUUCUCUGUCUGCAGCAGCUGUUUCAGACACAUGCAGAAAGCCAAGACAGCAGUAAUGGUGUGGACUUCUCCUCUCCUUCCUUUGCAAACAUCAAAGAACUUGCUCGCCGCUUUUCACUAACAUUUGGUUGGGACCAAGUGAAAUCUAGAGAAUCUAUAGCCCUGAUACACAAGGAAGGGAUUGAAUUUGCUUUUCAAGGAGCUCCUGGAGUAGAUGGAAAAUGCUUGCCUCCUAACUUGAGCUUUCUGUUAAUCAUCAGUGAAUUUUCCAACAAGCUGCUAAAGCCAGACAAAAGACUAGUGUACAAUUACUUACAGAGGUACAUAACAGAGCCACUGCCCUGCAGAGGAGACAAAUGGCAGCCUUUGGUCUGGUACAGAAACUCAUUAUUGGCGAAUGAAGAUGAGGAGAGCUCUGUCCUUGGCAGUUUGGGAGAGUGGCCCCCUGUGGGCUCAUCUAAGACAUCUUCUUUUAAAAGGAAAUUGUCUAAUGGGUCUUUGCCUGAAACCAGCCAGACUGAAGCAGGAAGCAAAGCCCAAGAACAGCAGUGUGUUACCCAGCUUUCCUCUGCAGCAGGGAAAAGCAGAAAGAGGCUGAAAUCUCAAGAGAUGCACUUGCAGGAACAUUUGCCAUUUCUUAGUCCAGCGGGGCUGCGUAGAAGAUACUGCAAAGAUGAGGUUAAGACAGAAGAUGUCUCCGAGGAGGGUCCAGAAGAAACAAUUGAAGAUGUUGAUGUCGUUGGUACAGACCAGGUAAUUCUGGCUGGUUUUCCUGCUCUGAGGGCAGCUGUAGUUGAGGACAGUUAAGACACUGAGAGGACGAACAGAAGUGAAGCACACGCUAUGUUUUUUCUGCAAAUUGUUUAACUCAUCAAUAUGGUGUGAGAGCAUCAAGUGAGGUGGCAGGAGACAUGGAUCAAGUUGUCUCUGUGCCCAUGGGCAUCCACCCAGAACCAGUGUGUAGCACUGUGGUUGAUCUCUCACCAUUGCUGGUUGUGGGCAUUACUGAGGUGGCUGCUGCAGUUCUAGGGUUGGGCCUUCUGAGCAUCUUUACUCAGCUGCAUCCUGAUCCUUGAUGCUGCCUUGGAAAAACCUCACAGCGGCAGGAUUGGAAUCAGGGUAUUGACAAACACUGAAUCAAAGACACUGUGAACCAGGUGAGACAAGCUUGUUUGAAGCAUGUGGGGGCAGUGCUCUGAUGGCCAUGUUCUUUACUGUUUAAAAUAACCAAAUGGAGAUCUGUCCAUUUGGUUGGAGAUUUGGUUCCUUGCACCCAGUGCAGGGGAGAAAAGAGCCUGGCCCACCUGUGAGCACUGGGACCCACUGGCUAAUGGCAAGUACCAUUUCCUGCCUGUAAAAUGGAAAACCUGGAUGAGUUGUGGGAAAGUAUUUUUGAAUUCCGUUGCUUAGAAAGAUGUGGUUAGAGAUCUGUAAGCAUCAGGACAUGUUCCGGGAAAACUUGUCAAGGCUUCAGAGUAACAAAGACAGAAACAAUGGACCAGCUGACUAUUUUCCUCUGGAAGAAGUCCUUCCUACAGUGAUCAUGUGGUGUUUACUUGGAAAAUGCCUGGAACGACAAUGUAAAUAGACUGUAAAUAUGGCCAUUGAAAAAUAGGUUUUUUGCAUUAAGAGUUUGCCAGUGAUUGUCACUCAAGAGUGUUUCGGUGGCAGUAGGCUGGGGAGUGGGGGCUGCCAUCACUGACCCUUUUCACUGCUCCCUGGAAUUGUACAUUGCAGUAAUCAUAUCAGCUUUAUUUUUUAUAUAUAUAUAUAUAUAUUUUGGAUUGUAACUGUGUAAAAUAAACUACAGAACUAUUGCUA